AUGUACAUUCUUUUCAAUGGGAAAAUCGACACCAGUUCCUCUCAUUUGCAGCCUGUGGUACGUCAUGCAGCUGCAGCACUGGAUCCAGUAGAUCUAGCUCCAGAAGAAGAGAAUAGAGAUACCAGUACUAGUAAAUAUGAUGAUAUUGCAAACCAGUUGAGCAAACAAAAAAUAAGGAGAAACAGUUUAGCCUAUGUUAUAUUCCUAAGCCACCUCCUCCCUCCUAUCAAGAAUAUUACCAGAAUCCCUACACCAUCAAGUGAAAUGUUUCUCAACUAUAUUGCACCGGUGGGACUCCCAGUGAUAUUCACUGACAUGCUUUCAGGCACGAAACUGGAUGACUGGUCGUGGGAGAUGGUGAAACAAAAAUGGGGCGAACACGUUUUUCAUAAUGCACGUCAAGGUAACUAUUCGUCAAAAGUAAACAGGCUAGGAAAGCAUGGCAUUAACAGGGUUUCUGUAAGGCUCUCUCGUUUUAUUGACCUUGUUACGGGUGCAAGUCAACCCAAUGAACAUGAAAAAGGUCUCUAUAUAACUAAACAAAAGGUUUUACCGCCAAAUGCACUGGACGAAGAGUUUCAUUAUCCACCUUUCUAUCCUGGAAACCAUCAGCAUUGCUUCUUAGAGCCAACAGGAUGGAUAGGAGCUAGUGGCACGUUUACUCAAGGGCACAUUGACAGUAAAGACAACUUUGUCUAUCAGUUGAUUGGACAAAAGCAGUGGACAAUAUUUUCACCAAAGGACUACCAGUACUUAUACUACACAAAGGCCGAGAGAGGCUCCUUAGAAUGGAGCAAGAUCCUAAAUAAUAGAGAUGAGCCAGACUCUGAAAUGUAUCCUCUGUAUGCAAAAACGCAUCCAAUACAGUUCACAAUGCAAGCUGGUGAAGUAUUAUACCUGCCACGAGGUUGGACUCACUUUGUAGUGAACUUGACACCAUCACUGAUGAUAAAUACAUGGAGAAGAGGCCCUGCUGCAAUAACAGAAUUGUGGAAUGAAAAGAACAGAAGAGAAAUCAGAAGACUUUGCUAUUAG